AGGACCUUAUAGAAAUUGAGGCCAUAUGUAAUGGUCCAGAUCUACGAGAGUUCCUUGCGUACGAAGGUGAUUCUCACAUAGCGUUUGUCAAAAAGUCUCCUGACAUCACAGUGCCAAGGAUUGAUAAGGUGAGGCUUGACAUGUCAUCCACAAAUGCUUAUGAAAUUAAUCCUUGAGGUUCACAAAGGAAUAAGACUUGACCAAACUAAUUUCAUUUUAAUCUAACAUAAUCUUGGACAUUUUAAUUUAUUUACUUUGGUCAUUCUAACUUGAAAAUAUUGCUAAAGAAAUAAUUUUUCAUCAUGUAAAGAAGUAUGUAGAUUUUUUUAUUGAAGUAAUGUCUUCUCCCUCUGGCCACACAUAGAUGUUUCUGCGAGGCGUAUCAGGAGUUGUUGAUCGGAUCAAAGCACUUCCAAAUAUCCCACAGGAAGUGAUGUCAGGGUUCAGAGGACGAGACACACCAGAUGAUAAACUUAGCCGCAGCAAGAUUCAAUGGGAUAUGGACACUAUUGAUUUUGUGUCUGAUUUUAUAUCAGAGGAGGUAAAAUUGUUAAGUACAGAAAAAAAAAAUGUUUCACAAAUUCAAUUGAAUCUUACCUGAUACAUAUACAUGUACCUAACAAAUAAUUAAAAGGAAGAGAAAAAAAAAGAAAGGGUUAUUUCAGAGUUAAUAAUAAUGUAAUAAGUAAAAUUUGAUUUUAUUUCAUGCACAUUUAAGAAAAUGUUUACCGAUGAAAGCAUUAGCUGAAAUAUAAAAUUUGUACUACAUAUUCUAUCUUUCAAUAAGAGCUUAACUAUUCUGAUUUUCUACUGUACUUAAUAUUUUAUCUUUCCAUCAGAGCUUAACUAAUCUGACUACUAAUGUACUUUAUGUUCUAUCUUUUAAUUAGAGCUUAACUAUUCUGAUUUUUAAUACACACUGUUCGUGUCUUAGUAAUUUAAUCAGACUAGUUUUAUUUACUGUGUUUUUAUUUAUUGCCUCUAUGGUGAAAAUUAAUUUCUUCAAUGUAAUUGAAAGAAGGCUACACCACUUUGAAAUUAAUAAAAUAUUGUCAAUCUCAAAUAUGGCAGGAGAUGAAUGACUCUGGAAAUAUUCUAGACACAACUUGUGCUCAGCUCCUGGAUGAUCUAAUCACAGAUGAAGACAAAGAACUUUUCCUUGUGUCAGAUGUCAUCUCAGAUGUCAAGGUAAUUCAUUGAGUCAAUUGUUUAAAACACAGCAUUCAUCAUCAUCAGUAGCGCUACAGCCCAUGUAGGACCCUGGUCUGCUCCACCACAUCCUUCCGUUUGAAACGAUCCAUGGAUUUCCGCCUCCAUGCACCAACCCCAACUGGUGUAAAUCCUUCUCUACAUCAACGAUCCAUCUUAGCCUUAGCCGUCUGCCCCUAGGUCCAGGUCGCUAUUCGUGUAUCAUAUUUUUGUUCAAGCAUGGGUCAAAAUCCAAAAUUAUCAGUCCAUUUUAGCUUUCGUAACACUUGAUUUUUUACGUGGCAGGGUCAUUGCCCUGCGCUCAACCAUCUGCGGGGGAUGUCCCUUGCAGCUCUCAGGGUAGCUGCCUUUGUAUUGGUUCAAGUCCCUGGCCUAUAUGGAUCCCUCCACUUCCUACAAGGCGGUAGGUACUGAUUUUGGACACCACCAGAGGGGUCGAGUGGUCUAAACUGAGUGAAUCUCAAGUUGGUGGUUUGGGAGUUCAAUUCCAGCCAAAGCAUGGUCAAGCAAAAAAAACAACCUCACCAGCACCCUGGGUAGAUGGGCCCUCGUUAACCUUGGUCGGCAACUCAUCUAAGAGAAAGAAACUCUAAAUUCAAACCCGGAGAUGGUGUCCCCUACAGAAACGUUGAAACGAUGAAUUUCCGACAACCCCUGCGGCGCCCCGGAUGAGAGCGCAGUGAGCAUGCUAAAAUAGCAUGGAUACUUAGAGCUAUAUAAGUAUUCAAUCAAUCAAUCAAUGUGAUUAAUUUGUUUAAUCUUUCAGGCUUCGGAACAAGCCAAGGAAGUUUACAGACAAGAGAUAGAGAAAUUGCUUGCUGAUAUACACACUGCACAGGGUUCUCAAACCACAGGUAUUCUGUGGGGCUUUUAUUUAUUUUUUUUUACAAGAAAAUUUUUUCUAUGGAUUUGUUUACAUUUCUUUUCAAACAAUUGGCUAGUCUUUGAAAUUGGACUUAAAAAGUUGUUGUGUUUCUUUUCCUACACAGAUGAAGCAAGUGACCUUGGCUUUACUGUUCUUGAACUACUAGUUUGUGGUCUUGAAAAAAAAGACCACUGGGUCUGUAGGGACAGGGUGGUCAAGUCCAUUCAAGCUGUCCUGGGCAAGGCUCUCAACAGGUAAGAUGAGUCUGAACUCUGGGUCUCUACAAAGGGAAAAUCUGAGCAUGUUUUUUUAUAAUAUGAGAAAGGCAUUAUUGAUAACCCCUUUUUUUUUCAUCUGUCUGAUUUUAAUUACAUUUAAUCUUAUCAGGUAUCUGGAUAGUGCGAUUUCUAAUUUGACCUCCGAACCCAAAGUCACCCACUACCUCCGACUUCUCAGAGAGACUGUUUGGCCACAAGGGCAGUUAAGGUCCAGCUCUCAUCCCAAUAAAUCCAAAGAACUGCGUGCACUGACCAGAUCCCAGGCGAAACGCUGCUUGAUCAACUUCUUCCCAGGUAUGCAGCCAACCCUUGAAGUUGAAUAAUAUACCUUAAGACAUCAAAUAUUGUUUUCAAUCUUUAUAAAAAAUCCAUCAGCUUUUGUAUUUUUUCUAAUGUUUGUGAUGUUUAAUGUCACCAACUAAUUUUAAAUGCAGGACUUAGAAACAGAGUUUUGUUAUUUUUUCUUUUAGCUGGGUCAUUAGUCACAGGACUCUUAUAAAUGGGGUUCUUAAACACAGGGAUCCAUAGCUAUUAAAAGAUCAACGAAGUGUUGAAAUGAAAAAUUGUUAUUUUCAUCAAGAUUUUUUUUUAGAGCAUUUAAAAAGUUUCAUAGUUAAAUAUUUUUACACUCUCUUGAGAGUCUGAAAAGGUCACGGACAAUGGCCUCAGUUUCACUCUGCCUCUGCACUGGCAUUCCAUUAAGCAUUCCUUAUUAUUCCGUAUUUAGCAAGAAACAGUGGUUUAAUGGCAGGAUCGGAAAUGUUUUGGCUAUAAUGUGUCAGAGUUGGAUUUAUAAUUCAUUCAGCAUGGCAAUAACCUAUGUAAAAGUCAACCCGUUUUACCAUAUAGUUUUUUUUAAUGGGAUAUAACAAGUAAAAAUUUUGGUCUUCCCCAUGCCAAUGGUAAUCACUCUGUGUGCCACGUCGGGCAUACAUGCCAUUGGUUGCUAACGCAUCAAGUAUUACGAGACAAGCCCUCACUUGGAACCCCCAGGGCAAGAGAAAAAGAGGUCGUCCCAAAACGACUUGGAGACGGGAACUGGAGGCAGACACCAAAAAGAGUGGACACAACUGGGGACAGUUGGAGAAACUUGCCCAAGACCGGGAUGCCUGGAGAGCCUUUGUUUGUGGCCUAUGCCCCAGACGGAACGACAGGCGAUGAUGAUGAUGAUGACAUGGCUACUUAUGUAACUGUAAAUAUGUUCAAUGAGCUAAAGAUAAAAUAUUUGUGUUGUGCCAAAAGUGAGGUGUAAUUUGUCCAAUAUUUUCAGAGAGUAUCAGACUUGUGAUAGGAAGAAAUGACUUUGAGGACAUGAUUGACACAUUCCUGAACAGUAUUGAAAGUGAGCAGCUAAAUAGGUGAGUUAACUCAAAAUGCUAGCAAAAUGAAAAGUGAACCGUUCAAUAAAUGUACAUGAAUUACACCAGGGGGCCUCAAAUUUUUUAAUCAGGGGGCAGGUUCAAUGUCUCUCAGACAUUUGGGGGCCAAACUAUAUUGUGGGAAAAAUAUGAUCAAAUUCCCAUGCACACUCACAUAUCUUGUUUGUGGUGCCAAAAAAAAAAUACAGUAAAAAAAAGUACAAUAUUUAAAAUGUUUUUAACCCAUUCACUACUAACCACUAACACCAAAGCCAAAACACCCCCUGAAAUACUAAGCAAAGGGAGAUCACUCUCAAAAACACGCACCCCCAUGUUAAAUAAAAAUGUUUUUAAACAACUAAACAUCAACUUAAAAUGACAAGACAUACAUUAAAAAAUAGAAAAUUGGAUGAGCUUUUUAAAAAUAGCAGAUGAUUUUGGGCAGGAGAGUCUGCGGCAUCUGUUGGUUUGGCACUUUUCAUCAAGAGAAAGCUGUUGACCAUUGAGAGGUCUAUGAGAUACCAAAAGACAUACCUCCACCACUUCGUGCUUCCUCUGCCUACAGGAUAGUAAGCACGAUGCUGGUCCGACAAGUCAACACCAAACAUACCAGAGUUGUAGUUCACAACAGGUAUUGGGAUCUCAGUGCCCACCGUUCCAUGUUUCAACCUGUAUUGAACUGUGGUAACCACUGGGUCAGAAUUUGUUGAAAGUAUGUAUACUUGCCGUUUGUCAGUCCAUUGAGUGGCAACCAUUUGACCUUUCCGUUUAAUUUUGACAUUACCCCUCUUCUGUUUUGAUUUGGUUAGUGGCCAGCCUUUUCUGUUAGGCUUAAUGGUUGCACAGCUGUACAUCUUCCUUUGUAGGAGGUCCUCUGCGAGUUUGGGGGAGGAAAAGAAGUUGUCAAAAAAACUUCGUGGUACCUAUCCAGGUAUGGUCCCAUCAUGUUCAUGAUGGUCCCAGUCCAUGCUCUGAAGGAUUGUUGCUUUUUUCCUGUCUAAACCUGGAAGUUGAGCAUAUAACUAUAACCAGUUUUUGCUUCCGCUCAACACCAUAUUUCAAUCCCCCAUGGGGUUGGUUUAUUACUCAAAUACUGCUUGAAGGACAAGCGACCACAGAAUCCAACCAUUGCUUCAUCCACAGACAGCUGUCGAUGUGGUCUGUACAUUGUUUGGCAUACAUUCCUAACAUGAUCCAAUAGAGGCUUAACUCCGUAGAAGGGAUCAUAGUUUGCGGCGUCCUUGGCUGGAGUUUGCUCACUGUUAGUGAGGUGAAAAUACUGUCUGAUUUUUUCAUAAUGGGUGCGCCCCAUCACAUCUGCAACUGCAGGGACCCUACACAGCUUAUCAGCAGACCAAUACAAUUUUGUGGUUGGCAAUUUAUGCAAUUGGAAACACCCUUCCACUGGGCGUCUUUUUUGCCCUUAGUUGCUUUCUGCUGUUCUGCACAUCGGUUUGUUUCGACCACAAUCAUCUCCACCACAGCAUCAGGCACAAAGAGUUUAAAUUAGUCAAUUGGACUAUUGUCAAGAUGAAGGUUAUGAAUUCCACUUAUAAUUUCAUUAAAAUUCUCUUAUUUGUCCAUAACACUGGUCCAAUUGUCUGACCAACAAUCGGUGACAGCGUCUUCUUCAUCACUUUCAUCGGAGUUAUUUUCCAAUUCACUGUCUAAGUCUAGCGAAUUUUGAUCUAUCUCAAUAUCUGAUUCAUCCUCAUCUGAAUUAUUUGCAACUGAAUAAUUAGAUGUUGAGGCAGCAAUCAAUGAGUCUAGAAACUGAAAUGCCAUUGCAAAACAAAUAUUCGAAAACACACUUCCAAAUUCACUAAAAGUAGCCCGACUUCCACACCCGCAGCUUUCAAACCAUAAAUGAUAGAAGCAUCAGUUUUUUUUUUAACGGAAGCAGAUUAUAUUCUUACUUCCUUAAAAUCCCAAAGCUAUUCGCAAGGCAACAAUGCUUCUCGUGAUAUCGUGUGCUAGGCAUCAUGGCACAUUCUGUCACAUUAGUAGCGAGGCGGGUAUGUCGCAUUUGGUCGCAAUAGUAGCAAAUGGGUUAAUAUUUCAAUGGGAAUAGUGGGCCUUUAUUUAGAUAGAUAGAUUGAAAAUGUCCAGGCUCCAUAUUUUUCACUGCUACCUGGGUUCCCAACAGCAGCCAGGCGGGCGGGGCUAAAAACCCCAGGCAGGAAUAAGGGCCAGCUGUUGUCUCUGCCAGUGGACCAUAGCUUGAGGAACCCUGAUUUUACAGCUAAAUAUUGGAUAGUAGCUGUUAAGGGUUUGUAUAUUCUCGCUAUAGGUGGAAUUUGUCUAUUGUCAUUAUAAGUGGAAUUGGUCAAUUCUCAUAAUUAUUGGUGGAAUUAGUAAGUUGUGAAGUGAAAUUUGACUAUUUCACAGGAAUAUAGUUUAUUAAUGAUGGGUGCCAGGUAAAAGGUAUUACUAAAUGAAUAAAGACACUUAUUUCUGUAAGAUUGUAUCAGUAUUUAUUUAUUAAGUCUCACAUGGGUAGCAGUUCUUCAAAGUUUGUGCUUGUACUAUUUUAGGCUUCUCCCUUCUUAAGCUAAGCUUCUUGUUCUCCCCAGACAUCUCUUGUACCAGAUCCUCGACUAUUUAAUGGAGCAGCUAUUUCCUGAAAUGGUAAGCCAAGAAUUCCUGCAUAAUCUGUGUUUCAAGUUCAGAACUGACCAGCCACUGUGACCUCUCCGUGUUUUAAGUUCAAAACUGACCAGCCACUGAGACCUCUGUGUGUUUCAAGUUCAGAACUAACCAGCCACUGUAACCUCUCUUUGUUCAAGUGUUCAAGUUCAGUAUUGACCAGCCACUGUAACCUCUCUUUGUUUAAAGUUCAGAAUUGACCAGCCACCAUAAAUGAAUACUGACCAACUAAUCUGAGCCCCUCAGCUGAAAUCCCAGUAUUAAGGAAGGUAUACAAUGUAUUAUAUAUCCUGCAUUUGCUGACUUACAUAAAAAUUUUGUUGUUUUUUUUGUUAUGACUUAAUUAUAUUUAAAUCCAGACCAUGUUAAUUCCAAAUCCAGACC